CUGCCGCCACCACGAGACCGAACUUUGAGCAGUAGCGCCGCAAGCCGCAACCUUGAGCCCCAAUUUCCCGGCGAGAAGGCGUCUGAGAUCGUGCAACCGAAAGCGGGAAACCGCCGGCGAAGAGCUUCAGUCCCGACGGCUGAAGAGACCAAGCGCGAUUGUCGGAGGCUGACCCUUCGCGACGAGUCGAGCAGCCCUGCCUGUAAUGCCCCACCCCGAGCUUUUCUCCGGCAACAAGCAAUAGCCGCUCGCGACUCUUAUCGAGCAGCCAUCGGUUUCAAUUCCGAGCAGCAGAGCCCCGAUCGUGUUAUACGACGAGCAGCGGGGACUUUUCCGACGAACAGCGGCCCUUUCGGCCCCGGGCGAGAAGAGAAGCGGGUUGAUCCUUUGCCGAGAGCCCCGAACAGCUUGUUUUCCAUGUCCUGUUACCGGGCAGCAGCUCGGGACUUGUCGACCGUCUCCAGGGGAUGUCCGUCGAGCGAACCGAGCCUCCCGUUCGGGUCGCCGGAUGGAGGGCCUGCGAUGAUGGCGAGAGGAGGAUGGUGGUUGCGCGACAGAGAUGAAGGGGCGAGGUCUGCGACGGCGGAGGGCAGCGGCUUCGCGAAGGAGAAGAGCUCGCGGUGGAGAAGGGCUCGCCAGCGACUUCUCACACGCAGGGUCAAUGAGAGGGAGAUUUUCUACUUUUCUGCUGAGGGAGACGAGAGAUGA